UUACUUAUCGUAAGAUUACGUGACGUUUUAUUGGAAAGUGUUGAUGUUCAAUGGAGUAAAAAAUGUAUUGGAUAUGAAGAAUGUGAAAAUGUAACCAGCGUCGAUAGAGAUAUUUCUAUACCAAAAGACCUAGCCGAUAAAUUUAUGAAAUUUUAUUCAAAUGCAUUAGUGCAAGAAUCACUUGGUCGAAAUGGAGAUUGGAUUUUUUCUUUGAUACGAUUAGUACCAAUCGAUCUAUCUGAUAAUCCAAGUUAUAGAUUCACAUUUUCAUAUAAUUACCCUACAAUCCUUGAUACUGAAGAUAAAAAUAUUUUAGUUAACGAUGAUAAUCUUGAAUCUGUUAUUAAACAUACAAUUUCAAGAAUUAAACAAUUAUGUUCUCCUUGUAAAUUAACUGAUGUGAUGAUUGAAUUAUAUUCUUUGGUUUCACUUUCUGAUCCAGAAGAGAAGGAUUCAUCUAGAAACUAUAAUCCUCCACGACGUCGUCAACUUCGUGAUAUUGAUCCAUUAUCUGUACCACCCUGGAAAGAUGAUAGAAUCAUUUUGUUAGGUGACGCCGCUCAUGCUAUAAAUCCAAUAUUAGGAUUAGCCGAUCUGUUAACCAAGGAAUUAAUUAAUUCCGAAAAUAAAGAUUUAAUCGCGUGCAUUCAACGAUACAACAAACAAAUGCGAGUUCGAUCAUCUAAAGACGUUCUAGCGUCACGUAACAUGGUACUAAGGCAACGAAAACCA